AUGGCACAAAAUAUAAUCGACAACGUCGCGGCCCAGGGCGUCUCCUACUACACGCCAGCUCAAGAGCCUCCCGCAGGCACGCAACUGGAAGGGUCAAUCAAACUGUUCACCCCCCUUACCAUCCGCGGUGUGACGCUUCCAAACCGUCUGUUCCUUGCUCCCCUCUGUCAGUACUCUGCCAAAGAUGGCUAUGUUACCGAUUGGCAUCUAGCACAUCUAGGUGGGAUUCUCCAGCGCGGCCCAGGAAUAGCAAUCAUGGAAUCCACAGCCGUACAGAAAGUGGGCCGUAUCACGCCUCAAGACCUUGGUCUCUAUGAAGAUGGCCAUAUCGAGCCGUUGAAGCGGAUUACCGAGUUUGCACACAGCCAGAGUCAGAAGAUUGCUAUUCAAUUAGCUCACGCGGGUCGAAAGGCCAGUGCCGUCGCCCCCUGGUUGAGCGCUAACGCUAUGGCUGUGAAGGAAGUUGGUGGGUGGCCGGAUAAAAUUGUUGGCCCGUCAGCCGUCCCUCACGAGGAAGGAAUCAACACCGUUCCAAAGGCCCUAACUUUGGAAGAUAUCGAAGUCUUGAAAAAUGACUUCGCAGAGGCUGCGAAAAGGGCUGUAAAAGCCAAUUUUGAUGCUAUCGAGAUUCAUGCCGCUCAUGGAUAUCUAUUACACCAAUUUUUGAGCCCUGUUAGCAACAAACGAACGGAUCAGUAUGGAGGCAGCUACGAUAACAGGAUCAGACUACUCUUAGAGGUCUCCGAGGCAAUCCGGGCUAGUAUUCCGGAAACAACGCCCCUAAUGAUCCGGAUCAGUGCAACUGAUUGGUUCGAGUUUGACGAUGACUUGAAGAAAGAGUUUUCCGAGAGCUGGACAGUUGACCAGUCGGUUCAGCUCGUCCCGCUCUUGGCUGACCGUGGUGUUGACUUGGUGGAUGUCAGCUCAGGCGGUGUUCACGCCAAAUCUGCGAUUGCUAUCAAGCCGGGCCCUGCCUAUCAGGUGCAUUUAGCCCAGGAAAUCAAGAAAGCUGUGGGAGACAAGAUAUUGAUAUCCGCUGUCGGUGGAAUCAAAACUGGGCCUCUAGCAGAGGAGGUGGUGCAAUCUGGUAUUGAUGCAGUCCAGGCGGGACGUUGGUUCCAGCAGAAUCCUGGCUUGGUUCGCGCCUUUGCCAAUGAGUUGGGAGUGAAGGUAUAA